CUUCUCUUAAUUAUUAUAUAGAUUAUCAUUGUAAAAUUAAUUAACUUAUUAUUAUCUAAUGGAUUCAAAUGUUGAAGAAGGAUCGACCGUGAUCGCCAUUGAUACCGACCACAACAGCCGACGCGCCGUAAAAUGGGCUGUGGAUCACCUUUUAGAGAAAAACUCAUCAUGCAUCCUUAUUCACGUUAGAACCAAAACCUUCAAUCCCAAUGAAUUUGAUGUUGUCCCUAAACAAGGUCGUGCACCAACCGAAGAAGAAUUGCACAAUCUUUUUCUUCCUUUCAGAGGAUUUUGUGCUCGAAAAGGGAUUAUAGCAAAGGAGUUGGUACUUCAUGACAUUGAUGUUCCAAGUGCACUUACAGAUUACAUGAUUGACAAUUCUAUCACCAACAUUGUUCUUGGUGCUCCUCGCUGGAAUAAUGCUUUUAUAAGGAAAUUUAAAGAUGUAGAUGUUCCAACAAGCUUAAUCAAGUCUCUGCCAGAAUCAUGCAUGGUGCAUAUUAUAUCAAAAGGAAAAGUCCAAAAUAUUCAACCAACAGGUUGUUCCCAAAACAUUACUAUGACAAUUUCUAGUCCCCAAUCAAAUUAUUUGUCCAAAGAUUUAAACAGAAAAUCAUUCAAACAAAGAAUUUGGCGGCGAUUAAGCAACGAUGGGGGAUCCUUUUGUCAAAACAACAAUGCAAGACUAGUGCGAUGUAUGUCGCAUAGAGAGACUUAUCCAUCAAGGAUAUCAAUAUCAGAUGAAAACCAAAAUGUUGUAGACAAGUCGCAUAUUUAUGAUAGGAGCAAAUCUUCUAAAAUGUUCCUAAAUAGCAUGGAGACAGAAAAAACCAGAUUAAAACAAGAGAAGAAGAGAGUAACAAAGAAGUGUCGGUCAGCUUCGGUCGGUAGAGAAAGUGGUUCUGCAAAACAGAUGGCAAUGGAAGUUGAAAAGUGUAAGCAAGAAGAAUGGAGCAGAGAAAAAGCUAGGCUUGUUGAACGGGCUGCAUUGAAUUUGGCAGAGGCAGAGAAGCAGAAAACUAGUGCAGAAUUGAAGACUCAGAAGAGAAAACAAGAAGAAGUAAGUGGUGCGAAUGAAGAAGCAGGAGGAGAAGAAAGAAUGAGAACAUUAAAUGAAAGUGAAAAAAACAAACUUUUAUUUAAGAGAUACAAUAUUGAGGAAAUUGAAGUUGCAAUAAAUUACUUUGAUAUUGAUGGCAAAAUUGGCGAGGGUGGAUAUGGACCUGUUUUCAAAGGUGUGCUUGAUCAAGCUGCUGUUGCAGUUAAGGCCUUGAGACCUGACAUAACCCAAGGAGAGAAGCAAUUUCACCAAGAGGUCCUUGUUUUGAGUUCCAUAAGACAUCCAAACAUUGUAAUACUUUUAGGCGCUUGUCCGGAGUACGGAUGCCUCGUGUAUGAGUAUCUAGAGAACGGAAGCUUAGAAGACCGCCUUUUUCAAAAAGACAACACGCUGCCAAUUCCAUGGAAAACUCGAUUCAAAAUAGCAUCAGAGAUUGCCACAGGCCUUCUUUACCUUCACAAAACAAAACCAGAACCGGUCGUGCACCGCGAUCUCAAACCAGCAAACAUUCUCUUAGAUGGAAACUACGUAAGUAAGAUCACCGAUGUUGGUUUGGCAAGGCUUGUUCCUCCUUCUAUUGCCAACAAAACAACUCAAUAUCACAAGACAACUGCGGCCGGAACAUUUUGUUAUAUCGAUCCGGAGUAUCAACAAACAGGACUAUUAGGCGUAAAAUCGGACAUAUAUUCAUUAGGUGUGAUGCUGCUACAGAUCAUUACUGGAAAACCACCUAUUGGUGUGGCUCAUUUGGUUGAAGAGGCCAUUCAGAAUGGUACUCUUGAAGAGGUUUUAGAUCCAAAUGUGACAGAUUGGCCUGUUGAAGAGGCUUUAUCAUUUGCUAAAUUGGCUUUGAAUUGUUGUGAGAUGAGAAAAAAGGAUAGACCGGAUCUUGCUACUGUCAUAUUGCCAGAGCUGAAUAGACUCAGAGAUUUAGAACUAUAGGACAGUGCAGGUUUGUGAAUUAACUGAAUAUAAUGACACCUAUACUUGUGGUUUAAUUUUGUGAUGAACUUGGCAAAGGAAAAAACGCAAUCCCUUUGUAUAAUGUAUAAUGUGUAUAUAUUCAAUAUGUUGUUCGGAAAAACUAGAGAAAAUGGUCAAUAAAAUGCGGAAUGUUUUUUA